GGAGGGGGCGUGGCCUGGGACCCGGGGCCCCCCGCUCGGUGCGUCGCGACCAGUCCACGGGGCGUCCACGAUGCCCCCGCGCUGCUGGAGCCCCUGGUGGGGCGCCGCCCGACUCCGACCGCCUUCCCUCGGAGCCCUUCCCUCUCUCCUGGUAUAUAUCUCCCCAGCAUGCUGCCAGCAUCUCUCCACGGCAGAGCCCACCCCGCAGGUUUGCAUCGUGGGCAGCGGCCCGGCCGGUUUCUACACUGCGCAGCACCUGUUGAAGCACCAUCCUCAGGCCCAGGUGGACAUCUUCGAGAAGCUGCCCGUGCCCUUUGGCCUGGUUCGCUUUGGCGUUGCCCCUGACCAUCCUGAGGUGAAGAACGUGAUCAACACCUUCACACAGACAGCCCGCUCGGCCCGUUGCGCCUUCAGGGGCAAUGUGGCCGUGGGCAGGGACGUGACAGUGUCUGAGCUGCAAGAGGCCUAUCAUGCCGUGGUGCUGAGCUAUGGGGCCGAAGACCACCGGGCCUUGGGGAUCCCCGGGGAGGAGCUGCCAGGGGUGCUCUCGGCCCGGGCCUUCGUGGGCUGGUACAAUGGGCUCCCCGAAAACCAGGAGCUUGCACCCAACCUGAACUGUGACACAGCCGUGGUCCUGGGCCAGGGCAACGUGGCCCUGGAUGUGGCCAGGAUCCUGCUGACUCCCCCCGAGCUUCUGGAGAAGACAGACAUCACGGCGCGAGCCCUGGGGGCCCUGAAGCAGAGCCGGGUGAAGACAGUGUGGAUCGUGGGGCGCAGAGGUCCCCUGCAGGCAGCCUUCACCAUCAAGGAGCUGCGGGAGAUGAUGAAUCUGUCGGGCACACGAACCGUGCUGGACCCGGGGGACUUCGUGGGGCUCCAGGAGGCGAUCAAAGCGGCUCCUCGCCCCCGAAAGCGUUUGAGUGAGUUGCUGUUGCGAGCGGCGCUGGAGCCAAUCGGAGCAGAAGCAGUAGCUCGCCCGAGCACGGCCCCGCGGGCCUGGGGCUUCCGCUUCCUGCGCAGCCCCGUGGAGGUGCUGGCUUCUCCGGACGGGGUGCGGGCCGCCGGCGUCCGCUUGGCCGUCACCCGGCUGGAGGGCUCGGGGGAGACAGCCCGGGCAGUGCCCACGGGGGCCACAGAGGACCUGCCCUGCGGACUGGUCCUGAGCAGUGUCGGGUAUAAGAGCCGCCCCAUCGAUCCCUCUGUGCCCUUUGACCCCGAGCGGGGUGUCAUCCCCAACAGCGAGGGCCGAGUGGAGCGCGCACCAGGGCUGUACUGCAGUGGUUGGGUGAAGAGGGGACCCACCGGCGUCAUCGCCACCACCAUGAGCGACAGCUUCCUCACGGGCCAGGCUCUGCUGCACGACCUCCAGGCCGGGCUCCUGCCGUCGGGAAGCCGGCCCGGCUUCGCCGCCGUGGAGCCGCUGCUGUGCAGCCGAGGAGCAGCAGUGGGACGUGACGAAGGGGCAGCCAUGAAGGAGCCGGGUGGAGAGCACCGGGGCGUCCAGGCCCUCACCUUCUCGGACUGGGAGAGGCUGGAUGCGGAGGAGGUAGCCCGGGGCCAGGCAGCCGGGAAGCCCCGGGAGAAGCUGGUGGACCGGGCUGAGAUGCUGCGACUGGCGGGUUACUGAGUGCCCCCGGGGCCGCCGAAGGGGCUGGAAGUGACCUGGCCCCCCGACCUCACCGACCCGCCUCACCUCUCACCCACCCCUUUCAGCCCCUCGCGGCGCGGCCCCUUCUCUUGUGUGGAAGAGGUCGGGGGGUGGGGGCGGUUCUGCUGCCUCAGCGGAGGAGCAGCCCCAGGGCAAAAGUACUAAUAAACUGUUGGAAAUCGGAA